UCCGCAGAUUCCAAUUAUCGCAGUCACGACCAGUUCUGAACCCGAUAAAUGACCAACAUUCGCCAAGAGAUUAGCCCCUACAACGUUCUCCUUGUAAGCAGCACACCUCACUUGCCACAGCUACUGUUGCCGAAGAGCCGAAGCGGACGAGCGACCAUGACCCAGGUGCCGGGCAUGCGAGGGAGCGUCAGGGUCAUGAGGCUCCGCGAAAGAGCUCACGGCUUCAAGCGGCAGCGGCGACGGGGGCAGAAGGCUGCCAACCCGGCCGAUCGGAGCCCGUUUGGAGGCCAGGCCCGAGCAGCAUGUUUUAUCCAUGUCGUGUGCAUUGCAACGUUGGAGAUCAUUCACCCUGCCGGGGGCAGCCUCCUGCUCUUCCUGGGCGUUCAGAGCGUGGAUGCGCUGCCGUCGUUUCCGACGGCCUUCCUUCCCUGGUGCGAGAGCUUGAAGACUGCCAAGGACAGCCGUAUAUAGAAAGAUGUGUGAAGCUUAAAGCACUCUGGUACCAACAGCCUUACCGCGAUCCCGGGCCCGGUUUGGAUGUAGUCGGGAUGUAUUCGGGAUCGAGCCUGGAGUUCCGGCUCACUGGCGCCCGAGUGCGUGGACAGCACAAACAGGCGAGAGUUACUAGACGUCAUGCAGCGUCCUGAUGGCGAGCGAAGCCAACGACUAGCUGUCAUUUGCUGACUGUACAGAUGACUGGCCUGCUGGGUACA